AUUCAGAACUUUACUAACGGUAUAUGUCCGGUGAAUCGAUCAACUCUUUCUGCAGUGAUGGUGCUCUUUCACCCCGCACUUCUAGCUUAGCCGCCUCAUUCAUUCCUAUCCCACCUAGUAUUCCUCAAAUGGCAAGACAGCAACUGUGUAGGACCACCAGACGCAAUUCUCCCUGCUCACUUCCUGGUCGACUAAACCGAGCCCUGUCGCUGGGCACCAUUCCAUCCCUGACAAAGACAGAUUCCGGCUAUUUGUUCAGUGGGAGUCGGCCACCAUCCCAAACAACAAUCUCCAAGGACUCACCACCUUCAGAUUAUUUCUCCUUGAAGUCUGGAAGCCGACCGUCUUCACCCUCAAUAUCGCCAACUCCGUCAGUGGCAGGAUCGGUAACAUCCAGUUCCGGCUCCUUGCAUCACCGGCGUCCCCUCAUCAGCCCUGCACGUCUCAACCUCACGGGACAAAGACUCAAAUUGUUCACGGAGUGCGUCGCCAUCCAACAGAGCCCAGGAAAGUUAAUCCGUAAAGCCUGGCCUUCUCCAAACGUAUCAGACACAAACGUUUCCAGUAAUGUUCUGCAGCAGGAUGUCACCCAUGUCUCUUCUCAUAGUCACAAUGCCAAGUCUGUGGAAGGAGGGAGUAUAUACAGUGAGACAACUGGCCAGAGGAAAGAUAGCUCUUCCAGAUCCUCAGCUUGUGUGGUUGACACCACCACCAAUCUUGGGCAGCAAGCUGGUGACAGUUCCAGAGGAUGGAAAGGACUUUGUGGAAACAUCCUGUGGGCAAGUCUUCUGGGAUUAAGUCUGACAGCAAAUGUGAUCUUUGCCUCCGUCUACCUCUACCAGGGUCUGCACUGAUCAGAAAGCAGUAAUUCAGGACACCUUCUGAAGAAGCUGUCAAAGAUUUACGGUCCAGUCAACUGCUCCUUGUCUCUCUUAGCCUCACGCCGCAGGUGAAGACUGCCUUUGCAUUGUCAGUAAAUCAUCCCUCUGCCUCCAAUGACAGCAUAUAGGGUACAGGCAAGUUAGAGGAAUAUAAUGGGAAGGAUGCAGCCUGCCUUGUCCUCCCAACAGGAAUGGUGAUUGGAAUCUGCCCCCUCAUCUAUCCUGCAAACUUGUAUUUGCAUUUGGAAUGAGUUUGAUCUGGGCUCCAUUGCAUUGUAUUUAUUUCUGUAAAAAGAAAUUGACUGAAAACGAAAGCACAUUCAUGUAGCUUACUACUGCACUGAGUGAAUGCCAAGGGAAUGCAAUUUAACUGGCUAUUGUUAAAAUUCUUUCCAUUUUCAUAUAUAUUUUUUAAAGGCUUUUUGGCCUAGUUUCAUUUAUUCAACUUUUUCCAACCGAUGUAGUUUUCUUUUUGCUGCUUUGUUCUGGAACUUUGCAAGACAAGGUAAAUUUAGCAUCGAAACCUUGUUCCGUGUUCACUGUUCGGGUAAAGAAAUGACGUGUGAUGGCAAUGGUGGUGCAAGUUGCAGCACUCAGUAACGUAUGUUCACUUCUGUACUGCCUCCAUGAUUGAGGUCUCCCAGCUACUUGUCAACCUGAAUGUAUGUGAUUAGCAUAACAUCCCGCUGGCUGCUGGGUAACGAUCCACAAUUGGAAAAUAUGUUUUCUAAAAAUGUUGACGCAGCUCCAGAGAAAUGAAACAAAUUGAGCCUACUGCAUCACUAAAAUUUACACACAAUUGGUUAAAUUAUGCCUGGCUAAAAGAAACUGGAAACACUUUGUGUGUAUGCUGCCUUUCUACAAAUGAGAAACCUUUAGUAAUAGGAUACAGAUGUGGUGAAAGUAACUUAAAUUUGACUUCUGAGUGUGAUGGUUUUUUCUUCCUCUUCACUUUAAAGUUGGACAUGAUUCAUCAAUCCACCUUUUCUUGUUUAUUAUCUCAAGCACUAAUGUAAAAGUCACACUUUUUAGACCAAUUUUUAAUGCGAGAAAUCAUGGGUGCUACAUGCAUAAUGUUUUCAAAGAGUUGAUAUGCUUAAUUUGGACCUGAACAAAAUCCAAAAUUAACCAUUACAAAGGAAUAAAGUAAAAACCAACACACUAAAGAAUUCAUAUUAACUUCUUGCCUUUACUUAUUUUCUAACUUUAGGAGCUAAUGCAUUUCAACUCCUGGAAUAUUCUCUGCCUUCAAAAGUCAUGGGCUUUGAUCACUUUAAUAAAAAAAAACUAGGGAAAUUGUUUACAUGAGAUAAUCUGAAAAAAAUCACUUUAAGGCAAAAAUCAUGGGGGUCAACCUUUAACGCGAAAUUGACUUUUACAUGGGUCUAUGUGCUAACUCUUACGAAAAUGGACUGUUGGAAGAUACAAGUGCAAUAGCCUACAAGAACUAUUUGGAGAGAAAAGGAAAUCUUGCACUGAAAAGGGUUAAUGCUACAUUGUAUGUUUCCAGUCCACGCAUUCUUAUACGGUUCAAGCUGACCUGCUACAGCUCAACUUACUGCCAAGUGAUACUGACCAGGGCAAAUGGACAUUUGCAGCUGAACAAAUGGGCAGAGUCAAUUCUCCGAGGGUCUCUUUUCCCUUCCUCCUUUCAACCAGUUGGCUCAACAAAGUGGAACCUUUGAAACGAAGGCAAAUAUAAAACUAUUUUUGAAGGGGGAUGUGUGGAGUGGGGGAGGGGAAUAGCUAUCAUCAAAAACACUGUUUUUGGCUCCCAGAUCACAGACGAUGCCUUUGUUGUCUGCUGUAGGUAGGGAUAGUGCCUCAGGGAAGGUAUACCUAAAUGUCGGCUGGUUAGCUGUGGUAGAGCUGUGUUAAAUAACAGCGUACAGACCCUCAAGUUAAAUUCACAAUUAAUAGCAAUGAAUGUGGCUCCACUUUUUAAAGUAGACGUAAGGGAUCAAGGUAUGAUAACCAUAUUGGGGUGGGACCCAUUAUACCUUCUGAGGAUAGCACUGAACUCCAUUAUAGGAAAUCAGUACUCAUCCUGACCCCUACGGAUAGGAGAUAACACUCUGUAAUUUUGAUCAGAAAACAUGAACACGUCUGUAUAGAAUGCCAAUGUGUAGAAAGUAAACACUAGGACAAAUUAACAGCUCCCUAUUCUACUCUGAAUUGAACAUGUUCUAACCACUACAAAGAAAUGGUAGACCAUAUGGCGCUGUGUGUUUCUGGAUGUAGGAGUUUAGCUUUAAUCACAAACAAACACUAGCAAGAGGAUUGGAAGCUUUGGAUUAAGGAGAAUUAAAAACAGUUGCACUUACGUGGCAAUGGUGGCAAGUUACCCGUGGUAUGGGAAUGGCUCACUUUACCAAUUUGCCAACAAAACACAAUUCAUUCACUAUACAAGAGCCCAAGUCUUGACUUCUGAUAUUCUGGCUACUGUAUACAUUUCUUUUUUUAGUCACUCAUGGGAUAUGGGCAUCACUGGCUGGGCCGAAAUGUAUUACCCAGAGGAUUGUUCAGGUUUAGACCAGGUGAGGUCAUCAGUUUCCUUCCCUAAAGGACAUUAGUGAGCCAGGUGGCUUUUUUUGUUAAAAUGAGAAUUGACAAUUAGUUUCACUCUUCUUUUUAAAUUGACUUCAAAUUGCACCAUCUGCCAUGGUGGGAUUGUGAACCUGGGUCCCCCAAAGUGUUACCCGAGUCUCUGAUAACAUCACGGAGCAUUGCCUCCCUUAAUUUGCAUUCAAUUUCCUAAUCACAGAACAGUGUCCAGCUAAUGAAUUCACAACAUUCGACAGAAUGCUAACAGAAAUAUCAAAGCCUGCCGAUUAAAAGUCAAUGUUAAUCCUUCAGAAUAACCAUACAAAUCUUCUGACCAACAAAUCUGUUACAUUUUAUAUUGCAGACACCUCUACAUCAUUAGCAUGGUGUAAGUGGGUUAGUGCAUUGUUAGUAUGUUUAAAUGAGCGAUAUUUUGGGGAAAGUGAUUGAAAUUAUUCCUCAAAAAUAUUUAACUUUUAUGGACAAAUGGAACAGUCCUGUGUGAGUCAGCGCUGACUCUCAAGAGUUCCCAUAAAUCCAAAUGCUUAAAACCAUACUUUAUACUUUCAUAAUUGGACCAAAGUCAUGUGCAGACUAGAUUUGUACUUUAAUUAGUACAGAAAGCCUUACCUUUGGGACUGAAAAGAAUUGGAAUCUAUUAUUUAUGAACUUUCAAAUGCAGUUUUUAAAAAAUCUACUGACACCAAGGAACAGAACAGUCUGUCCUGCUCCAGUAUAUAUCUCUCUUGGGUUUUUCCCCCGUGUACAGAACUCAGAUUAUUUCAAGCCAUUUCCUCACAGUAACUACUUUGGUGUUUUCUACACUGUGCCAUUCUUAGUGGGCUCUUGCUUAGCCUGUGCCAUCCUUUGAGUUUUGUGCUGCCAGUCUCUGAUGGUUGUUUAGGCAUGGUUUCUUGCACGUGCCACUUAGAAAUGUGAACUUCUUUCUUUUAUUGUGUGGUUUCCUGGCAUCAUCCACUCUAGCUGCAUGUAUCCUGUUGCUAAUUUAUUGCUGCUAACCUUUCUUGCAGCCUGUAGUUUCCUAUUACUCCUCCAACAGUGGGAAUUGUGCCCUAAGAUUGCUCCCUUCAAGGAAUCCUGUCCUGCUUCUCCCAAUUCAGAGCCCAAAUCCCAAGAUAUUCCACCAAAUUUGAAUUGCUGAUGUUGAAUUGAAUUGAAUUGAAUUUAUUGUCACGUAUACUGAGGCACAAUGAAAAGCUUUGUCUUGCGAGCAAUACAGGCAGAUCACAUAGUUAAGUAGCAUAGAUAAGGGCAUCUUGUGUGCUUGUGGGUAAUGUUCCUACCUCUAAGCCAGGAGCCCUGGGUUCCAUUACUGAUCCAGAUGGUGCUUUCGUAACGCGAACGAACAGGUUAAUUUUCAACUGGGAAAUCCUACCUCUUCGCCAGAAUCGGGCAGUAAAAUGGGGGGGGAGUGGGGAUGUUCUCUGCAUCAGUCUCGCUCAGUGGGCGGAGGUGCCCCUUAAGCUAUAGGCUCUGGUGACAGCUUUCUCUCCUGUUUCAGGUCAAAUCCAGACAUAUUUAUGUAUGGGCAUUCUCUGCCUGCUGCACCACCAAGUUAAAAAUAAGAAGAGUUGAUGCAAAGCAAAUACUGAUAAUGACCAUAGUCAAGGGCAGCGCUCUCAUUUGAGAGAGAGUGAUGACUGGUGAUGAGAAAACCUGAGGUAACCUCAGCUGGUACGGGAAUUGAACCCACGCUGUUGACGUUACUCUGCAUCGCAAGCCAGCCAUCCAUCCCACUGAGAUAUCCUCUCCACCCCAUACCACUGAGAUGUCCAUUCCUCACCAUACCACAGAGAUAUCGACUGCUCCCCCAGCCCCUACUGAGCUAGCCACACCCUCCCACUGAGCCAACUGCAUAGAUGUUAUUUCAUAGUCGCAUGACAUCAAGAUAGCAAAUGGAUGUAUAAGCAAUGAGUUCAGGAUCAAGCAGUUGAGAGUGACCAAUAGCAGGUUGAGUUGGAUCCAGUAAUGUAAAGCUCAAAGAACAGAAAGCUUUCUGGAUUCUUGCUGUAGGCUAACACCAAUACAGGGAGACUGCAGACAUUGCUGUACAUGCUACCCAGCUGAUGUUAUUCCCAGUUUUACUUUAGCUGAGCUGUCACAGCAUCAAAUGCUUCCUUUCCUCCGGGCCUUUUAAGGGGUGGUGUUUAUAUGUGUUCUGACAUCACGUAAUAGCUAACAAAAUCAUUCAUCAGCUUAACCUAUUUCAGAUUCUUCCUUUAGAUUCUGAUGCUUUGAUAUUGCAGCUUUAAUUCCCCCGAGCCUAAUUACGUGAGGGUUGUUUUAUUUUCUAAUUUCAGUGCCUUUUUGCUAACAAAGCUGCUCUUGCCAUUUCUGUAGUGUUUGUGGACAGGGUUGUUUGAUUCAAACAGUCGUCUCACAGCUACUGAAAGAAAAUACUGAAUAAUUUUGUCAAAUGAAUGCCGAGGGAGGCUGAGCUGCUUUUUGCUUUCCCCACAAGGUGAAGCCGAAAGCAAAUCUUGAACCGGCUUAACAGCUUCUUUAUGCAACAAUUCAAAAACACAACAGUCCUCUCUCUGCUUAUGAGUCUAUGAUAUUAUCUGUGUUGUUUACAGGAUCUGUACAGUGAAACAUUUUUUUUAGUGGUAAUCUUUCACGGUAUCUCCCUCAGUCUGAAGCCCCAACACCUGAAUGAUGUACAUAUUUUUUGCAUAUAUGCUGAUGUGUCGGGUUACUUCCUAGUUGAUCUUUCUCCCCCUCAUGGUAUUAACGCUGUUUGUGGCUUUUAUCAUUUGUAAGCCAGUUGAAAUCUCAGAAUGAAUUUUUUCAACUUAUUUUUUGAGCUCCUCCUGCCUGGCCUUAUGUCAAGGUAAAGUGGGACUGGUCAUAAAAAAGGAAGGUGGGAUCACUCCCAGAAAUGCAGGAUAAUGCUGUUAUAUGCCAUUUUGUUUUCUGUUUUUAAAAAAAAAUAAAAGUUGAUUGGCGAAAAGUUUA